CGCGGCGUCCGGGAAGGCGCGCCAGGCUGUGCUCCGGUUCUGCUCCGGUUCUGCUCCGGUUCCCCGGGACCGGCGGCGCUGAGUGAGGGGCGAGACCGGGGCUGAGGGGUGUGGCAGAGAUGGAUUCCCAGGACAUCAACGAGCUGCAGCAGGAGGUGAUGGACGAGCUGGGAAUCUCCAUGGAGGAGCUGCAGGAAAUCAUCGACAAAGAAGUGGAGAAUUCCGAGUGGGUGAGGCAGCGGAAACAGCAGCUGGAGGAGCUGGAGCAGUGCAUGAGGCACAAGGAGGAGGAGGUGGCCCACGUUGACCAGCUCAUUGACGAUGCCAUGAGGGCCAUCGACAAGUGUGAGACACUGGCAAAGGAGCUGUACUCCAUGAUGGGCCUGCAGUACCGGGAGAGCAGCUCGGAGGACGAGGCUCCGGCAGCCACGGAAGUGAUUGAGAUCCCCGACGAGGAGGAUGACGAUGUCAUGAGUGUGGACUCAGGCUGGAAGCGCAGCAGCAGCAGUCCCAGAAUCUCCAGGGAUCAGAGUCUGCUGCGGGAAGCAAUGGUUGCCAUGAGGAAAUCUGCCCGGGAUGUUGCGAAAUUCAUGGAUGCUGUAAACAAGAAAACAAACUUGCAGGAAGCACAGAAAGAUGCACAACCUCCUCAGGAAUCUCCUGGCCCUGCCCAGCCCAUCACUGUCCCUGCAGCCCCUGACAAUGAUCUCAACACUGAUGGGGACCUCAAAGUGGGCAUGAGGAUUUUGGGGAAAAAGAGAACCAAGACUUGGCACAAGGGGACGUUGAUUGCCAUCCAGACGGUCGGUGCUGGCAAGAAAUAUAAAGUGAAAUUUGAUAAUAAAGGGAAGAGUUUGCUGUCGGGCAACCACAUUGCCUACGAUUACCACCCGUCUGCCGAGAGGCACCACGUGGGCAGGAGGGUGGUGGCCAGGUACAAGGAUGGCAACCAGAUGUGGCUCUACGCUGGGAUCGUGGCUGAGACCCCCAACGUCAAGAAUAAAAACAGGUUCCUGAUCUUCUUUGACGACGGCUACGCGUCCUACGUGAAGGAGUGGGAGCUGUACCCGGUCUGCCGGCCACUGAAAAAAGCCUGGGAGGACAUUGAGGAUGUUUCCUGUCGGGAUUUCAUUGAGGAGUACAUCACUGCCUACCCCAACCGGCCCAUGGUACUGCUGAAGAAUGGGCAGCUGAUCAAAACCGAGUGGGAAGGAACCUGGUGGAAAUCCAGAGUGGAAGAAGUGGAUGGAAGUCUGGUGAAAAUCCUUUUCCUGGAAGCUCUUCCCAUGGGAACUGUGAGCGUUUCCUUCUCCUUCCCGCAGGAGGACAAACGUUGUGAGUGGAUUUACCGAGGUUCCACACGCCUCGAGCCCAUGUUCAGCAUGAAAACUUCCACGGCUUCCACCCAGGAAAAGAAGCAAAGUGGGCAAACCAGGACUCGUCCCAAUGUUGGUGCUGUGAGGAGCAAGGGCCCUGUGGUCCAGUACACCCAGGAUUUAGCAGGAGCUGGUCCCCAGUACAGGGCUCCGGAGCAGCCGCCAGCUGCACGUGCCGCGUCUCCUCAGCCUGCAGAGAUGGAAUGCUCCGACACCCAGCUGGCCCAGGGCAGAAAGCAGGUGGCCAAGAAAAGCACUUCCUUCCGUCCUGGCUCCGUGGGCUCCGGGCACUCGUCCCCGUCCUCCCCCGUCCUCGGGGACAGCCCGGCAGCCGGGAGAGCCCUCCCGGCCCCGCAGCACCGCGUCCCCAGCAGCGGCCCCUCCCAGCCGUUCCACGGCAUGACGGACCGCGUUCCCAGCGAGCCGUCCUACCGGGCCCCGCUGGAGAAGCUCUUCUACCUGCCCCACGUGUGCAGCUACAGCUGCCUGUCGCGGGUGCGGCCCAUGCGCAGCGACCAGUACCGCAGCCGCAACCCGCUGCUCAUCCCGCUGCUCUACGACUUCCGCCGCAUGACGGCGCGGCGCCGCGUCAACCGCAAGAUGGGCUUCCACGUGCUGUACAAAACACCCUGCGGGCUCUGCCUGCGCUCCAUGCACGAGAUCGAGCGCUACCUCUUCGAGACGGACUGCGACUUCCUGUUCCUGGAGAUGUUCUGCCUGGAUCCCUACGUGCUGGUGGAUCGCAAGUUCCAGCCCUACAAGCCCUACUACUACAUCGCCGACAUCACCAAGGGCAAGGAGGACGUGCCCCUGUCCUGCGUCAACGAGAUCGACAACACGCCGCCGCCGCAGGUGGCCUACAGCAAGGAGAGGAUCCCCGGGAAAGGGGUCUACAUCAACACCAGCUGGGAAUUCCUCGUGGGCUGUGACUGCAAGGACGGCUGCAGAGACAAAUCCAGGUGUGCCUGUCACCAGCUGACCAUCCAGGCCAGCGGCUGCACCCCCGGGGGGCAAAUCAACCCCAACUCGGGCUACCAGCACAAGCGGCUGGAGGAGUGUCUCCCGACAGGCGUUUACGAGUGCAACAAGAGGUGCAAGUGCAACGUGAACAUGUGCACCAACCGCCUGGUCCAGCACGGCCUCCAGGUGCGGCUGCAGCUCUUCAAGACCCAGAACAAAGGCUGGGGCAUUCGCUGCCUCGACGACAUCGCCAAGGGCUCCUUUGUCUGCAUCUACGCAGGGAAAAUCCUCACAGACGACUUUGCUGACAAAGAGGGGCUGGAGAUGGGUGACGAGUACUUUGCCAACCUGGACCACAUUGAGAGCGUGGAGAACUUCAAGGAGGGCUACGAGAGCGACGCCAAGUGCUCCUCGGACAACAGCGGCGUGGACCUGAAGGACGACGACGACGACGAGAACACGGGCUCGGAGGAGCUGGAGGAAUCCAACGAGGACAGCUCCGACGACAACUUCUGCAAGGACGAGAACUUCAGCACGAGCUCGGUGCUGCGCAGCUACGCCACGCGCCGGCAGACGCGCGGCCAGCGCGACCACGGCCUCUCCGAGACGGCCUCCAAGGACUCGGGGCUCGCCCGGCCCCUCGGCCACGAUGAGCCCGCCACGGCCCCCCCCUGCAAGCUGCCCGUGUCUGAGGAGACCUCCAAGAACAAGGUGGCCUCGUGGCUGAGCUCCAACAGCAUGGCCGAGAGCUUCCAGGACAGCGACAGCGCCUCGUCCCUGAGGAUGGGCGAAGGGGGAGAAGCCAAGGCCGUGAAAAUGGAGAUCUCUGUGGAGAGGGAGAAGGGCUGUGCUCCCACACCGGGAGAGCUGAACGGAGAGGCAAAGGCAGCCAAGAAGGAGGAACCUGAAGAACCAACCAAAAUUCCUGGGCUGAGCAGCCUGGGCAGGAGGUACGGCUACAACCCCUGUCCCCCGAAGCUGGAGGGGAUCCGCAGGCCGGUGAGCGGGACGCUGCUGCUGCAGAGCCGCCGGCGAUCCCUGGCCCUGCCAGCCCCCUCAGAGGACGUGCUGACGCUCUCCAGCAGCACCGACAGCGAAGGGGAGCACAGGGCAGGGCAGGCCCCGGGCACCGCCAACGACAGCGACGACAUCCAGACCAUUUCCUCAGGAUCCGAGGAGGAGGAAGGGGAGGACAAGAAAAAUCCAUCGUCUGGGUCAGGUCCUGUGAAGAGACAGGUGGCUGUGAAAUCCACCCGAGGCUUCGCCCUCAAGUCCACCCACGGCAUCGCCAUCAAAUCCACGCCGCUGGCGGCGGCCGACAAGGGCGAGAGCGCGGGGCCCGUGCGCCGCAGCACGCGGCAGUUCUACGACGGGGAGGAGAACUGCUACAUCAUCGACGCCAAGCUCGAGGGCAACCUGGGCCGCUACCUCAACCACAGCUGCACCCCAAACCUCUUCGUGCAGAACGUCUUCGUGGACACCCACGACCUUCGCUUCCCCUGGGUCGCCUUCUUCGCCAGCAAGCGGAUCCGAGCCGGCACGGAGCUGACCUGGGAUUACAACUACGAGGUCGGCAGCGUGGAGGGCAAGGAGCUGCUGUGCUGCUGCGGGGCCAUCGACUGCCGGGGCCGGCUGCUCUGAGCGCCCCGCCCGCUCCCAGCGCGUCCCGCUCCUCCAGAGGUGCUCGCUUGCCCUCAGCGAGGGUAAAGUUCCUUCUCAAGAGGUUCCCAGCUCUGCCACUCACCUGGAAAAUCACAGAUGGCCACGGAGCAGGACCGGACUCGGGCUGUGCUGGGCGGGGAUUCCCAGCCCCUGGGCUUCUCCCACCUU